AGCGCGAUCAGGAGGAAAGGAGAGGAAGGAUUCGCGUAGACCUGCUCGUUUCCAUAAAUUCAUGCUUUCGUGGGUUCCUCACGGUUCCCUCGCGAAUCCCUCGAUCAGCCAGAUCCCGAACGCGGCGCAUUCCCUCCCCGAGAGCUCGCUCACGCACACAUACGAGAGAGAGAGAGAGAGAGAGACUGUCCCGGUAACUCGUAACUCUCCCAUGGAGCGAGCUUACCUCAUUGAUCCCGCCGCAGGAUCGGGCCGACCUGCCAUCUCGAAGCAACAUAAAUAAUCCCAUAGCGAUAGUACUUCCGCGUGUCGCGGCCGGUCGCGUUGCCCCAUGAGGCCCCUCUCCUUUGAGAACCUGAAGAGGCUCGUGGGCCGUAAGAAGGACCGCAACGAGCCCUCCUUCAAGCGCAGCGAGUCCUUCAAGAGAAUCUCGAUCAGAAAGAGCUACCUGGACCGCGGCAAACGUCGAAAUCGAAAUCUGCAGAAGAACCAGGAGCAGCAGCAGCAGUCCGCGGCGAGCGGCGCGCCGCAACCGGCGAACGACAAGAUCGCGCGGCAGGUCCCGCAGGUCGAGCAGCAGGAGCCGAAGAAGAGUCAGGAGCGCUCGCUCGGCCGCGACUCCAUCACGUACGACGAGUGGCUGCAAGGGGUCAGCUCCUCCUCCCUCGAGAAGCCCCACGAGGAUCACGCGGAGAUCCCUAAGCGAGGCAAGCCUGUCGUCAGCAGAGUCGCCAAAGCCGCGCCCAAGCACGGCAAUACCGACGCGAACUCGAUCGCCGAGGAUCUGAAGAUCCUCGAGCUCGACGCCUCGCCGAUUCUCACGUCCAAGAGGGCGAAACCAUUCAGGAUCGCCGUGCAGGAUCACGCCCGGGAGGAGGAAAACGGGCAGGACGUUCUCUGGGAGUCGUCGGUCGAGGGUCCGCCUAGCGUCAGCAUCAGCCUCGGCAGGAUAUGGAGGGACGCGGUGCCGGUACCGUCGCCGGCCGCCUAUCCGGCUGCGGAUCCCGCGGUCCAUCACUCCCUGGACAGCGGGCUGAAGGAGAGGAAGCCGCAGCCGACGGUCGCGAGAACGGUCUCCGCGCCGGAGAAGCCGGUCAGCAAGGACUCCUCGUCUCCUUUCGGUUUCUCCCUUAGGAUCGUCAAACUCGCGGAUUUCCGGCCAGGAGUGACGCGAAAUGGCCUGUUCCGCCGCAAGACGCCGAAGCCGUCGCCGAGCGUCAGCAGCGAGGGCUACUUCAAGCGCACCAGCGCGUCCCGACGCUCGAGCUCGCGCCGCUCGCGCGGCAAGAGGACGUCCCAGCACUCGAGGAAGUCGCAGCAGCAGUCCUCUCGCGCCGGCAGCCCGGUCUGGUUCGUCCCGUCGGAGAGACGGCGCUCGAGACGUCAGCGACGGGUCUGGCGGGAGAUCCGCUACUUCCCCGACGACGAGGGGCCGGUCCUCGAGCAGAUCAACGACUGGUCGUCGAACGUCUCGGACGACCAGUUCGACGAUCAGAAGCUGCUGCUGUCGGGCGACUUCAACGAGCGACCGAUCCACGACGACGCCCUGAACUCGAUCGUUUCGUCGUCGCUCGGCUCCUUCUCGGCGACCUCGUCCUCCUCGUCGGCCUGCCCGGUCCCGAAGAUCAGCGACUUCAACGAGGACAAGCUGUUCUCCGAAGAGCUGAGAACCAGCGGCCUCUUGGCGCGUGGAGCUAUAUGGAAGCCCUCGCUGACGACGACGACGACGACGACAAGUGCGGCCGGUUCUGGGAAUUACUUCGCCAGCAGCCAGUUCCUCAGUUUCCUGGCGAAGGACGUUGCCAAGGAGAGGAGCGAGAGCUCCAACACGGGCUACAGGUGUCUCUCGUCGACCGACAGCGAGGACGACGACGUCGAUCGCUUCAGCGAGCGCAGCCGGCGGAACUGCGCCGGCUUCCCGCAGCAGCGCCAGCAUCACCUGAAGAGGCAGAAGUCGGGCAUUCGCAGGAGACCGCUGCGCCGGAAGUCGCAGCUGAAAAGGGCCUCCGGCCAGCCGGUGUUCCUCGUGCGCAAAUGCUCGUCCUUGAGGAAACGUCCUAGGGAUAUUACACAGAAAGGUUAUGAAAAGAAACGGACGCGUCUACUGCAGCAGUAUGCCUCGAAGCAGUUAGGGGCUGCAAAUGCUGGUGGUGGAGGUGGCGGGCUGGAGAGAACGGGUUACGGAAGCGGGGGAGGUAUCGGCGGCGGCGGCGGAGGAGGAGGAGGAGACUGUGGCGAUGGUGGUGGUGGCAGUGGUCGACCGCAGCCACGUGCACGGCGCACGCAACGGCGUGUCACGCACAACGAGAAGCGCUAUCACUCAGGCGGUCGGCUAGUGCCUGGCGGGAUCGCCAGUCCCCCGGGAUCUGGCGGCUCCACAGGGAACACCGGGAACUCGGCGGCGGCGGCGGCCGCGAGACGCGGCAAUCGCAGACUCACGCGCAAUGAGAGCCGAUACCAUUCCGAGGUGCGCCAGGAGGCGGUGCAGCAAGCGCUGGCAGCGAUGCAAGGACGGCCGAAGCCAUCCUUGCCGAUGCCGUCCAAAAGGACCUCCGUGAUGGCCAGGAGCCCCGAUCGGGAGAGACGCGACAGUGGCGAAUCCAGCAGCGACGAGGACAGCGUCGUCACCGAGGAAAGUCCCGGCGCGGGCGGACCUACCGGUACCGGCCUCUCGGACACCAGCAGCACCGGCUCCGCCCGGGACACCCCGCCGCCGCCGAGGCCGCCGGCGAGGAGGCCGCCCGGCAGCGACAUCACGGACAUCGCCGAAUACACGCCGCACGCGUACUGCAACAUCCAGCCGCCGGACGUCACCCACACGAGCAGCACGCCGGUGCAGCAGCAGUCGGCGACCCGGCGGCCCGGCGCCGACCGGGUGAACCGUUAUCACGUGGUCGAGGAUCAGAACAGCACCGGCACCACCGGCCGCUGGAAGGUUUCCGCCAAGAUCCAGCAGCUGUUGAAUACGCUCAAGCGGCCGAAGCGCCGGCCGUUGCCCGAGUUCUACGAGGACGACGACAUCGAGCUGGAGAUCGCGGCGAAUCCGAAGGACCCCAACGCACCGAAACCCGAGGGUGGUUCGAUGACGUCGGCGGUCGGCGAGGCCCUCUCGGUGCCGUCGGGCUUGCCGAGGUCCCUCGAGGCCGCUAUCCAGAGGUAUGGAUCGGCGACGUACAAAGCGCCGGUGGCGACCGUUCUCGACCCCAACGGCAAGCUUUGCGUAACGCUCACGUACGGGAAGCUGCUGAGCCGCUCCCACAAAAUCGCCUAUACACUUCUAAACAAGGCUCUAAGUCGCGGCGGGGACUGCUGUCUGAAACCCGGCGACCGAAUCGCCCUGGUUUACCCGAACAACGACCCGAUCAGUUUUAUGUGCGCCUUCUACGGCUGCUUGCAGGCCGGUAUCGUGCCAGUGCCCAUCGAGGUACCUCUGACCCGUCGCGACGCCGGCUCCCAGCAGAUCGGUUUCCUCCUGGGCAGCUGCGGAAUUCAGGUGGCGUUGACUAGCGAGGCGUGUCUGAAGGGUCUGCCGAAGACGGCGGCCGGUGAGGUGGUGGCCUUCAAGGGCUGGCCGAAGUUGCACUGGUUCGUCACCGAGCAUCUGGGCAAAACGCCGAAGGACUGGCUGCCGCCGCCGCGUCUCACCGACGACACGCCCGCGUACAUCGAGUAUACCACCGACAAGGACGGUUCGGUGAUGGGCGUCACCAUCACCAGAUCGGCGAUGAUGGCCCAUUGUCGCGCCCUGACGCAGGCCUGCGGCUACACCGAGGGCGAGAACGCGGUAUGCGUGUUGGACUUCAAGCGGGAGGUCGGCCUCUGGCACAGUACGCUGACCAGCGUUCUCAACGGUAUGCACGUCAUCUUCAUACCGUACGCCCUGAUGAAGGUCAACCCCGCCAGCUGGAUGCAGAUGAUCACGAAGCAUCGCGCGAGCGUCGCCGUAGUGAAGUCGCGGGAUCUCCAUUGGGGCCUUCUGGCCACCAAGGACCACAAGGACGUCUCUCUGGCGUCGUUGAGGCUGCUGCUGGUCGCGGACGGCGCGAAUCCUUGGUCCCUGUCGUCGUGCGACCAGUUUCUCUCAGUAUUCCAGUCGAAGGGGCUCAGGCCCGACGCCGUCUGUCCGUGCGCCUCCUCCAGCGAGGCCCUGACCGUCUCGGUGAGGAGGCCGGGCCGCGCGGGAGUCAACGCCACCGGUCGCGGGGUCCUCUCCAUGUCCGGCUUGAGCUACGGAGUCGUCAGGGUGGAUCAGGAGAACUCCCUGACGUCGUUGACGCUGCAGGAUUGCGGACAGGUCAUGCCCGGAAGUAUAGUAGUCGUCAUCAAGAUGGAGGGCCAGCCGUUCAUCUGCAAGACGGACGAGGUCGGGGAGAUUUGCGUGCACAGUUCGGCGACCGGCAGCCAAUAUUGGGGCCUGCAAGGACUCACUAACAACACCUUCAAGGUGUCGCCGUUGCAGGCGGACAAUACGUCCCUCGGUGACGUGGAAUACACGCGCUCCGGCCUGCUGGGUUUCCUCGGCCCCGGCGGGCUGGUCUUCGUGUGCGGCUCACGGGACGGCCUGAUGACGGUGACCGGCAGGAAGCACAAUGCCGACGACAUCAUCGCCACGGUGCUGGCGGUCGAGCCGAUGAAGUUCAUCUACCGCGGCAGAAUCGCCGUUUUCAGCGUGAGGGUCCUCCGGGACGAGAGGAUAUGCGUCGUCGCCGAACAGCGGCCGGAUUGUAGCGAGGAAGAGAGCUUCCAGUGGAUGUCCCGGGUGCUGCAGGCGGUCGAUUCGAUUCACGCAGUGGGAAUAUACUGUCUCGCCUUGGUGCCGCCUAACUACCUGCCGAAGACGCCGCUGGGGGGCAUCCAUCUGUCGGAGACGAAACGUCGCUUCCUCGAGGGCGCCCUGCACCCGGCGAACGUGCUGCUCUGUCCCCACACUUGCGUCACCAAUCUACCGAAACCGCGCGAAGUGCAUUCAGCGGGGGAUUCUGUUGCAGAUGUUGGUCCGGCCAGUGUCAUGGUGGGCAACAUCGUCCAGGGUAACAGGCUGGCCUCAGCGCAGGGACGUGACAUGGGCGUCCUCGACGAGGACAGCGACAAUGCCAAAAAGUAUCAGUUUAUCUCUGAGAUCCUACGGUGGCGCGCCGUCAGCACCUCGGACCAUGUGAUAUUUACGUCGUUGAACGCGAAAGGGGCGGUGGCCACCUCGUUGUCCUGCUCGCAGUUGCACAAGAAGGCUGAGAGGAUCGGGAAUCUGCUGCUGGAUCGCGGCAGAGUCAAUACGGGGGACCAUGUGGCCCUCAUUUUCCCACCCGGCACUGAUCUGAUAUGCGCGUUCUACGGCUGCUUGUACGUAGGCGCUGUGCCGGUGACCAUCAGGCCGCCCCAUCCGCAGAAUCUGCAGACGACCCUGCCGACCGUUCGCAUGAUCGUCGACGUCAGCAAGUCCGUUCUCGUGCUGACCAACCAGAACAUCCUGAAGCUGCUGAAAACAAAGGAAGCAAACAACGUGGUCGACGUGAAGAGUUGGCCGAUGAUCCUGGAUAUGGACGACAUGCCAAAGAAGAAGCUGCCGGUGAUGUAUCGGGCGCCCACCGCUGAGAUGCUGGCCUACCUGGACUUCAGUGUCUCGACGACGGGCAUGCUCGCCGGCAUUAAGAUGUCCCACGCCGCGGUCACCUCGCUCUGCCGCGCCAUGAAACUGGCGUGCGAACUCUACCCCUCCAGGCACAUCGCUCUCUGCCUGGAUCCGUACUCGGGGCUCGGCUUCGCCUUGUGGUGCCUCAGCAGUAUUUACAGCGGGCAUCAUUCCAUACUGAUACCGCCCUCCGAGGUGGAGGCCAACCCAGCGCUGUGGUUGUCGGCGGUUAGCCAGUCGAGGGUGCGAGACACGUUUUGCUCGUACGGUGUUAUGGAGCUGUGCACGAAGGGGCUCGGCUCGUCGGUUCACACUCUCAAAGCGCGAGGAGUCAGUCUGGCAUGCGUGAGGACGUGCGUCGUCGUCGCGGAGGAGAGGCCGCGUAUCGCGUUGACGACGAGUUUCAGCAAACUGUUCUCAGCCCUCGGUCUAAGUCCGCGCGCCGUCUCCACUUCGUUCGGCUGCAGAGUGAACACUGCCAUUUGCUUACAGGGUGCAUCCAGUCCGGAGCCGUCGACGGUCUACGUGGACCUUCGGGCGCUGCGCAACGACCGCGUGUCUCUGGUCGAACGCGGCAGUCCGCACUCCCUGUGCCUGAUGGAGUCCGGCAAGCUGCUGCCCGGCGUGAAAGUGAUCAUCGCGAACCCUGAGACCAAAGGUCAGUGCGGUGACUCACACCUCGGCGAGAUCUGGGUGCAAUCGUCGCACAACGCGAGCGGCUACUUCACCAUUUACGGCGACGAGAGCGACUAUGCCGAUCACUUCAACGCCCGGCUGGUCACCGGCAACACGAACGAGGUUUACGCGAGGACCGGUUACCUCGGUUUCCUCAGGAGGACCGAGAGCGUUCAGCAGUCGGUGAUCAGCGACGUGCCCGGCGACACGACGUCCGCCGCUGAGGCCGACCUCGUGCCGAGCGACCCGGAGCUUCACGACGCCGUCUUCGUCGUCGGCGCUCUUGACGAGGCCAUACUGCUGCGGGGUAUGCGCUACCAUCCGAUAGAUAUCGAGAACAGCGUCAUGAGGUGUCACAAGAAAAUUGCGGAGUGCGCCGUGUUCACAUGGACGAACCUCCUGGUGGUGGUGGUGGAGCUGGACGGCAGCGAGAGCGAGGCCCUCGAUCUGGUGGCUCUGGUGACGAGCGCCGUGCUCGAGGAGCACCACCUCGUGGUGGGUGUGGUGGUGGUGGUGGACCCCGGUGUCGUGCCCAUCAAUUCGCGCGGCGAGAAGCAGCGGAUGCAUCUGCGGGACGGCUUCCUGGCGGACCAGCUCGAUCCGAUCUACGUCGCGUACAAUAUGUGAACGGGCUGUUGAAGAUGCGCGCGACAAGGCCAUUCCUUCCGCUCUCCGCUCCCCCCCUCCCCCCUUUACUCCCCGUCGACGGUCCUUAGACGACGACGAUCGAGCAGCUAGAAGCUGGAGCCAUUCGUGAGGAUGAUGAUUCCGUCGGGCACGACAGGACGGAGCGACGAUGACUCCUCGGCGAGAAUUCGAUGCGACUCUUCUGUUUCUCUCGUCGUUGUUCCUCGUUGCUCGCGCAUAUUUCAGCAGGNNNCCCC